CGCCCAGCAUCUAAUGUCUGGCUCUGGACUGCGCAAAGGCGGUAUUACCGCCGCCUAUCCCCGACUGCAUGACGGACCAUGCGUUUCCGCCCUUGCCGUUUGAGAUAGUGUCUCUCAUCCUCGAGCACUUUAUCCAGCUUUCACCGCGCGAACACGGCCGGUCCGUCUGUCUCUUGAGCCGCUCAUUUCUCAACCUGGGAAGAAGAGGGCUGUACAGCCAUAUUGUGCUGCGCUUCGAGCGCGAUGAGCGUUACUUCGUCUGGUGCAUGUUGCGCAGUGGGCCUCAGGAGCCCGGACGUCCCCAUCCCUUAGCCACCCUCGUCCGCUCCAUUGAGAGGCGCGACGAAGACGUCUCCGUCGCCUCGCCCACUACGCUGGUUCUGCUUGGAAAGCUGUUCAGAUAUCCAAAACACCUGCUCGAGCGCCUCGAAUCGGCGCGUCUGCUGACCUACUUUGACAAUCUCGACGUCGUCAGCGCCUUUGUCUCUUCUUCUGAUGCCCAGCUUCCCAUGGCCAUCUCGGCAGAGAUGCGCUUCUCCAAUCGAGGUGAUGCCGCUGCGAGGCCUGUGCCCGAAUCACUCCAUCUACUGUCCUCGAGAAUCGACGAGGCAGCGUUUGUUGCCGCCGUCAACGAAUACCCACCUACGCUGCAGCGCGUCUGUGUCAGCAUCUUUCCCUACCUCGACCAGAGGGUCCCGCCUCGUCCCUCGCCCGACACUCGGAAUCUGCCCAACGCAGCCGGUCGUCUCCGAAUCGAAUCGUACCCAGGUGUCAUCCGGACCCUGUAUGAAGGCCUGGCCAGACGGCCGCACCAGCGAGAGGGACGUAGCCUGAAACUCCUCGUGCUUCGCUACGACCGCACCUGCGGCGAGUUCUGCAUGGUCCCGAGAUGCGCCCAGCAUCCCGGAAGCCCGUACCGGAACCACGUCCGCCCGUCGGAGGAAAAGGGAUCGUGGUCGGAAGGAGCGGGCACGAAGCUCGUCACCGUCUGCUGCGAUUGGGGUCAAGCAGCACCGACGUCGUCUGCCAGGGACGUAGCCCUUGACAAGGCAUUUGUGAAGCGCAUCUGGGAACGCAUGCUGCACGAGAAGGAGAGCGUUUGGCCCGAGGUGCCAGAGGACGAUACUCAGCCCGUGACGCAUCAGUCCUGGACAGCCUGAGCCGCGCUCUUGCUAAUGGGCACCCUAAGUCAGCAGGAUCUUCAAUCAAGGAGGCCACCGUCGAGCCAUGGUCGGACAAGUCGGUGCACCUCUCAGAAAGCAGAGAAGUCAGAGGAGCUAGGGGUAUGCUAGGCAUGCUUGGGUCUGUCGCCCAUCUCACAUAACAAACGGACAUGGGAGAGAAAUGGCAAGAGAUACAAUUGGAGAAAAAGAAAGAAAAUGGUAUGGUGUGCCUGAUAGAGGAAAGAGAAAGGUGGGGGUAUCCUCGAAAGUAAAGUGGAAUGGCGAAUGUAUACUCUACAGAGAAGCGAGUCUGAUA